AUGGACUCUAUCGAGUUGAUGUUGGAUGAUCAGAAAUACGUCACCAACACGUUACCCUACCACAUCUAUAUGAUUUGUGUAUUAGGAAGAGCUGGGCAUCGCAGCACUGUGACAUUCAUGGAGCGUUCGUUAAGAAAUCCGAUUACGCUCCUAUCUCCAUCGUCGGCAUGCCAGUUGCUGUUUGCCAUAUCUCUCAUCAUUAGGGAAAGCGGUGAGCAAGUGGCGGAGGAUCAUUUGGGCAGCCUUUUACGGCACAUGAACUCCUGUUACAAAAGACUAUCGCUUAGCCAGCAGGAGGAGUUGCAUGAGGCUCUGCUCGUUGCGCAAAAGUAUGAAGAACUACCCGACGGACUUUCUCAUUUCGUUGCGUCUAAGAUUCCGUCGCGGCUGCCGACUAUGUGCAGAGGAGAAACCGAUCUGCAGUUAGACGCCAUAGAAGGUGUUAGCUACGUGUUUAUCGACCAACAAGACGUUUCACGCACAGCGCUUGUAUGUGUCGGGGAGUCGGAGGCUCUAACCGUGCUGGACGGUGUACCGUCGGUGUCUGUGAGUCCACGCGCGCAACAAUACUUCCGCACACUGGAGUUGCUCUUUUCAAAGAAGCAUUCACAUGGAUGUGUACCGUCGAUUGCCUACAAUGUGUCGACAAAUCUCUCACACAAGCUGGUGUUUUAA